CCUUGUUCAAUUUCCCUUCCUCUUCGGAUUUUUAUCUCUGCAGAGCAGAGACCAUCUUAGUCUUCUGUUCUUCGCUCUUCUUCCAUUAUGGCUAAUCAACCUGGAUCCUCAGAUUCUAAGGGAACGAAGAGAGACUUCAGCACAGCGAUCUUGGAACGUAAGAAGGCGCCAAAUCGGCUAGUUGUGGACGAGGCCGUCAACGAUGAUAAUUCCGUGGUGGCUCUUCACCCCGAGACCAUGGAAAAGCUCCAACUUUUUCGGGGCGACACGAUUCUGAUCAAGGGAAAGAAAAGGAAAGAUACAAUCUGUAUUGCACUUGCUGACGACACAUGCGAUGAGCCAAAAAUAAGGAUGAACAAGGUUGUUAGAAACAACCUUAGGGUCAGGCUCGGAGAUGUUGUUUCUGUGCACCAAUGUGCUGAUGUCAAAUAUGGAAAGCGAGUCCAUAUUCUUCCCGUGGAUGACACGAUCGAAGGGGUAACUGGGAAUCUGUUUGAUGCAUAUUUAAAACCUUAUUUUCUGGAGGCAUACCGCCCAGUGAGGAAGGGUGACUUCUUCCUUGUCAGAGGGGGGAUGAGAAGUGUAGAAUUCAAGGUUAUUGAAACUGACCCUUCUGAGUACUGUGUUGUUGCCCCGGACACUGAGAUUUUCUGUGAGGGAGAGCCCGUGAAAAGAGAAGAUGAGAAUCGGUUAGAUGAGGUUGGUUAUGAUGAUGUUGGUGGUGUAAGAAAGCAGAUGGCUCAAAUUCGGGAACUGGUAGAAUUGCCAUUGAGGCAUCCUCAGUUAUUCAAGUCUAUUGGUGUAAAGCCACCCAAAGGAAUUUUGCUGUAUGGGCCUCCUGGGUCUGGUAAGACUUUGAUUGCUCGUGCAGUUGCUAAUGAAACUGGUGCCUUCUUCUUCUGUAUCAAUGGCCCAGAGAUCAUGUCUAAACUGGCUGGUGAGAGUGAAAGCAAUCUGAGAAAGGCAUUUGAGGAAGCUGAGAAGAAUGCACCAUCCAUUAUCUUCAUUGAUGAGAUAGAUUCAAUAGCUCCCAAGCGGGAGAAGACUAAUGGAGAAGUUGAGAGAAGGAUUGUUUCUCAGCUCUUGACGCUUAUGGAUGGGCUAAAAUCACGUGCUCAUGUGAUAGUCAUUGGAGCCACAAAUCGUCCCAAUAGCAUUGACCCUGCUCUUAGGAGGUUUGGAAGGUUUGAUAGGGAGAUAGAUAUUGGCGUUCCAGAUGAAGUAGGACGCCUUGAGGUUCUACGCAUCCACACAAAGAAUAUGAAGCUUGCGGAAGAUGUGGAUUUAGAAAGAAUUGCUAAGGACACCCAUGGGUAUGUUGGUGCUGAUCUGGCUGCCUUGUGUACUGAAGCAGCGCUUCAGUGUAUUAGAGAGAAAAUGGACGUUAUUGAUUUGGAAGAUGAGACCAUUGAUGCUGAGGUAUUAAACUCAAUGGCUGUGACGAAUGAGCAUUUCCAGACAGCUCUUGGAUCAAGCAAUCCUUCUGCCCUCCGGGAAACAGUUGUUGAAGUGCCCAAUGUCAGCUGGGAUGAUAUUGGUGGUCUUGAAAAUGUUAAGAGAGAACUGCAAGAGACUGUUCAAUAUCCGGUGGAACAUCCCGAAAAAUUUGAGAAGUUUGGAAUGUCCCCAUCAAAGGGGGUUCUUUUCUAUGGUCCUCCUGGAUGUGGUAAAACUCUUCUGGCCAAAGCUAUUGCUAAUGAAUGUCAGGCAAACUUCAUCAGCGUUAAAGGUCCUGAGCUCCUGACGAUGUGGUUUGGAGAAAGUGAGGCCAAUGUGAGGGAAAUUUUUGAUAAGGCCCGAGGAUCUGCUCCCUGUGUCUUGUUCUUUGAUGAACUUGACUCCAUUGCAACUCAGAGAGGUAGUAGUGUUGGAGAUGCUGGUGGCGCUGCUGACAGAGUGUUGAACCAACUUCUAACAGAAAUGGAUGGGAUGUCAGCAAAGAAAACUGUUUUCAUUAUUGGGGCCACCAAUCGGCCAGACAUUAUAGAUCCUGCUCUUCUGCGUCCAGGUCGUCUAGAUCAAUUGAUUUAUAUCCCCCUUCCCGAUGAAGAAUCCCGCUAUCAGAUCUUCAAGGCUUGUUUAAGGAAAUCCCCCCUUUCAAAAGACAUUGACCUUAGGGCCCUUGCCAAGUAUACUCAAGGAUUUAGCGGUGCUGAUAUUACUGAGAUUUGCCAGCGAGCUUGCAAGUAUGCUAUAAGAGAGAACAUUGAAAAGGACAUUGAGAGAGAAAGAAGGAGAAGUGAGAAUCCUGAAGCAAUGGAAGAGGACAUUGAAGACGAUGUAGCCGAGAUCAAGGCAGCUCAUUUCGAGGAAUCUAUGAAGUAUGCACGAAGGAGUGUGAGCGAUGCUGAUAUUCGCAAGUACCAGGCAUUUGCUCAAACAUUGCAGCAGUCUAGAGGAUUUGGAUCUGAGUUUAGGUUUCCGGACAGUACCACUGGCGGCAGUGGUGGUGGUGGUGGUGCUGGUGCCACGUCUGACCCAUUUGCAACUGCCGGCGGAGCUGAUGACGAUGAUCUUUAUAGCUAGGACUUGUGCGGUUAUUUGUAUGAAUGUCGGUGUCAAUGUACCCUUGUUAUUUCCUCAUAUGGAAGUUUAUCAUUGGAUUAUUGUUGUCAUUUCGCCGUAAGAGGCAUUGGGUCAUACGGAGCUGACCCUCUCAAAGAGUUUGAACAGAAUUGCUUUUGAACUAUUUAUAAAUCACAACUGUAUGGCGCUCAUUUCACUGAAGAACAUUGAAGUUUAUUGAAAGGAAACUUCAGUUACUCGUA